AUGGCCUUGAUCAAUGGAACAAAGGUCGCUGGCUUCCUGUUCCUCGCAUACCUGUCGUCGUUUGUCUUGCUUGCCGUCAUCAGGAUCGCGACAGGCAUAUCUGUGCAACGCAUAGGCUACUUUAGUCUGCGACAUAUCUCGUUUUCGCCACGGGAAGGCAUCAGGGUCGACCUGCGCGGUCUGGGAUUGAGUCUACACCGCCCAACAUUCGCGCAGCCAACCUGGCUGAGUCUGGUCUUCACCGAACUGAAGAUCUCGCUCGAUCCAUCAGCCGUCGACAGUCCUUCAUCCAAGUCCGGUGGCUUCCUCUCGUUUCGUCCGAGAACUCCGCAGGCCCAAGAGAAGAAGACACCCAAAUCGAAGACGCACAAGGACAGGUCACAACUAUGGCAGAAGCUUACGCAGACCAAAGAGCGCAUCAAGCGGUUGCACCGCGAAAUCAAAUGGCUGCGAAUGGUCGAUAUCCGCGCGGACGACACGGUGUUCGAAGUCGUUGGAGCGGGCCAGGUGCAUGUAACAGGCUUCACAGCAGCGGUACAUACUAGGCGCAAGCUUCUUGACAGGACUCGACUCUUCCGGCACAAGAAGGACCCCUUGGGUGAGCAGAGACCUGCAGAAUGGAUCUUCACUUUCCGGAGUGUUUUGCUGGGAGUCGGUGCAAAUGAGCCAGUCGAGGUCUUGGACGGCAUGACUAUCAACAUUCAUGGUCUCAUCUACCAUGACAAGGAAGGCUUGCGGGACACUUCCAUUGCUCUCAAGGCUGGACGCCUCUACAUUCCCGUCGAUGACAUCCUACAGUUUCAACGUCGGAAUCAGCGUCUGCGCGCGCGAGCCAAAGAAGAAGCGAGAGCUUUCUCGGCCCUGAGACGAUCUUCAACAAGCCCUGCGAGCCCUACCAGUCCUACGAGUCCGGUCCACGAGAUCUCCCUUGAGGAUGUGGUGCACGAGCUAGAUAACCCUGGAAGUCGCGAAGCUUCCAUCGUGCAGACGGUCGCAGAUUCGAAGGAGUUUUUUGGUUCGAUCUUGCGAGGAGUCCAAGAAAUCCAGGUCGGCUUGAGUUUCAUUCGUAUUUCGAAAGAGCUCGAAUCUCUGCGGCAGGCGAACCUUCCCCUCAUGGCAAAUCUCGUCACUCACGAAUUGGGCAUCGACCUGCAUCGAUUGCAGAAUAAUACUCCAGCUCAUCGGAUGUAUUUUGCGCGGGAUGACGUCGCCCACCAGGCACUUCUUGCCGCUGUAUCAUUAUCGGUGACCAUAGACGAGGACGAAAGCAAGUCUCACAAGCUCAUGUACGUACCUAUGGCGACAACAACGAUUCGGACAACUCUGCCCUCCAAGACAAUGACAUUAGCCCAAGAGCAAGACAUCUCGGAACGAAACCAGAACAUUCUCUUCGCCAAUCUGGUGGUUACUUCUCCAUCUGUUGAUCUGGUGCCUCAGCACAUCAUUCGGUUGCUCACUCUGCUUCCUGCGCAGUCUUCGGAAAGUCCUACUACUGUUCAGAACCGGCACCGUCUUGUGUCCAAGCUCUUGCCAAAAGCAAGCAUCAAGUUCUCGGUGCACGAGCCUGUUGUCCGUUUCGUGCUCCCCGUGGCUGACCCUCAGUACGCGCAUCAGGGCGACUUCGACAUGAUUAUAUCCGCCAUAUCUUCGCUGACCCUCGAUGUGGAGUCCUCGCAUUCAGCCGCUGGGGAGCUCUUGUACUCGCUAGCAGCCAACUACAGACUCGUGUCACACCAGCUGUACUAUCAGUCUGCGUCCGGUCAGAAGCAUAACCUCGUGGUGACGGAUCUCCUUGAAGUCAAGGUCAAUAUCUCUGCGUCGACUGAAGUGCUCGUUACUGUUUCGGCCAACUUGAAGGACUUCUCAAUCUUGAUGGUCCGGGAGGAGGUGAUAAAAGGCAUCUACAACAUUGUACGGCACUUCCGACGCACCACCAAGCCAACAAAACUCGGCCCUCGACCCAAAGGAUCUCAUUCCGCUUUCUUGAGACGUUUGCCAUCUUGGCUCCUCGAAUUCCAUUUCGAAGGCUCGAAUUGCAGCAUGGAAACCGCAGGCAUUGACAGAACAAUAUCCACACAAACCCGUGGAAUUGCUUUCGAACUAGAGUCGUGGGCGAUUGAUUAUCGCUCUCAACAGGCGGAAUCUGCAAAGAGCCCCGUGAGCAAAAGGAAAGCGAGCACAUCGGUCCGCGCAGAGGAGACUUUCUCCAACAUACAUCAUCUCUCGCCCCCGACCUCACCGUCUCGUGGAGCUCGUUCAAGCGAUCCGACGGAUGGUCGACGUUUGACAGUCCAUGGCCGUCAACUCGAAGGCUUCAUCAUUGAAAGUCAGGAUCGAUGGGAGCCGGAUGCAUUCUUAUCAAUUCCGCGAUUUGAAGUUGCCUGUAGUACCUCUCGGGAUCUCCAGAGUCCCAUCUUCCAUCUGCACUCAGCGGUCAGAUCAGUGCUGCUGGAAUUUUCGCUUUACCGCUUUUACUCCAUUGGUAUAGCCGCGUCCGCUGUGCAGGAUGCUUUCGUAGGGUCUCCUGGUGCCCAACAGAACGCAGCGCCUUCGACGCAGGCUAGUGAGCUGGAUGCGCCUCACAGUCGAUUCUCCUCUGGUGGACAGAUUGAGCUCACAACUAUCGAUGUCAAGGUGAACUACGUUCAGGUGAAGCUGAACAUGCCUCAUGAUCCGCCAAUGAUGCUGCAAGCGUAUAACCUGACCUCUGGUCGACACAGAUGGUCUGCACCCUUCUUCAGAUCAGAUCUGGUUCGUUUGCAUGCCGAGUCACCUUACAUCAAGAAGGCGUGGGCACGCAUCGUGACUCUAAGCAACUUACGGGCCGAUUUGCGCCACUCAAAGAAGAAGACCAGUCAGGGCUUUGUGGAGGACCAUUCGAUCGACGUGGCAGCUGAUUUCAUCAGGCUGUGCUGUCCUCACUCACUGCGGAUGUACCUAGUGUUUGACAACUUUGUCAACACUUUCAAGUCCAUUGAGCAGUUACAGCACCGCUUCAAGACCCGCACUAACGAGUACAUACUCCACAAAGACCCAAAAUCACCGGUAAAGGUACCUCGCGUUUCGGUCCGGGCCCGCGCCUUCUUGUUCGAGCUGGAAGACGAUCCAUUCGAAUGGAAGCUUGGCAUGAUAUACCAUAUCGGUCGCGUGGAGCAGAAACAGCGACUCGCUCGAGAAGCUGCUUACAAGCUGAAGUUAAGAAAACUCAAUGAAGAGAAAUUUGGUCGCGGCACCUCACGCUAUAGGGCUGCUUCUAGAAGCAGACCCCGGACAUCAGAAGGCAGCGCUUCCUCUACGCCGCACCGAAGGCGUAGCGCUGACUCCUUUGACGACAGAGCACCCAGAGCCCGAUCCACCUCCCGAGGGCGUAGAGGUCGAUCCCAGAACAGAAUCAGGUAUGACAGAGAUGGUACUUGUGCUGUCACCGGAACCAGUAAAGUAGGGCCCGACGAAGCAUGGCAGAAACUGCAGGAGCACAAUGCUAGGACAUGGAAGCGACGUAUCGACUGGAUGAUUCUCGCCCAGAAGAACACUGUUAAGAACGUGCGAAAAAUGUUUACUGGGGCCGACGCCGCACCUCAUCAUGAAGACGAGCGCGAGCAGAUACUCGACAUACCAUUCCGACCAGGUCUCCUGAUGUUCGUGAUCAGUGAUCUCCAUCUGGUGGUCGACAAGCCAUCGUUCCCAUUGCAAGAUCUUCCCACUUUCAUGCACGAAGUGGGGAAGGGCAUGCCUUACGACAUGCAGUACUCUCUCUUGAUCCCCAUGCAUCUUUCAUUGGACAUGGGCGAAGCAAGAGUGAUGCUUCGAGACUACCCACUAAAUCUUCUGCACAUUCCUGCGAUCCGGCCGGGGCAGCCACCUCGGCUGGCGAGCUGGUCAGUCCGCUCGGAUUUCGUGAUCGCAGAAGAAUUUCGCGAUGAGGAAUCGAUUCGACAUGUAAAAGUCGACGUCGUUCCGAAAGGUCAGCGUAGCGAAGAUGGAACGGAAGUGCCAGGAUUCUCUCUCGAUGUGCGUCGCACAGUGUCGCCAACGAAAACAUAUUCGAAGCCUGUCAUUGAUAUCAACACAAGCUUACCGACCACUAUCUCGUGGGGAACGUCCUAUCAGCCCGUCAUCCAAGACAUGAUGAUGAUCAUCGAGAGUUUUACAAAGCCGGAAAUUGAUCCUUCGGAUCGAGUAGGAUUCUGGGACAAGAUCCGACUGAACUUCCAUUCUAGGCUUACUGUGAACUGGAAAGGCGACGGCGACGUCCAGCUACGAUUGAAAGGCUCUAGGGAUCCCUACGUCGUGACUGGAUAUGGCGCCGGUUUCGUGAUGUGCUGGAGGAACGACGUGCAGUGGCUUGUACAUUCGGGCGAUGAUCCUCGGAAGUUCAUGACAGUCCGUAGCGGCGAGUAUGUCUUGGCAAUACCUGACUACAGCCAUGAGGCGCGUCACUCUGUCGAAGCCAGGGCUGAGAGUGAAAGCGACAGCAUGAGUUCAGGAGGAGGAGCGAGAAACGCAGCAAUUUUCCAGAAAGUGAUCAUGAAGCUCUCCGGCAAUGUCCAAUGGACGGCAGGUCUGGUCUAUGAACGUGAUCUGGACGAUGGCACUCGAACUUCUGACUUCCGACCCCAUUACGACAUUGUUCUCAAAAAUCCAAAGCAAGCACACAAUCUAGAUCUGGCAAAAUACGAUGCUUUCGAGGGCUUCAGGAGCCAGCACAUACAUCUCUCGGUCGCUGUGGCUGCCCCGUUUGAUAGGGAAUGGGCCUCGGAUACCAUUCCCGCUUCUGACAGUUACAAUAGUGUCCAUCUGACACCUCGAUUCUUUUCUCACUUCUUCAAUUGGUGGUCAUUAUUCCAUGGCGUUAUGUCUUUGCCGAUUCGCCAAGGUCCCCUGUGGCGCGGGCCUGAGAAGUCGAGCAAGAAAUUCGGCCGUCAUCUGGCAACCAUCAAGUAUGGCCUGCUGCUAUCACCUCUAUUUCUUGCACAUGUCUACAAGCACAAGGACGCCGAAGACUAUCAGGAGGAUGUCGUCUCCGCUACAGGUCUCAAAAUCCGUAUGGACAGCUUCAUGCUAGAUCUUCACCAAAGGCGAGAAUAUUUUGACACACUAUCGAAAGCCAAAGGCAAACAAAUGCGCACAAGUGGCAUGAAGAUCAACAAGGCUGAGCUCGAUUCCGCGUAUCAGGAGAAGGCCCCGAACAUCGAUAUGAGUCAGUUUGAGAUUCCGGACCACGACUUCAGUUGGAUUGAUAUGGAUGACUUCGUCGAAUUGGAUUGGAUCUUGCCCGCUGAGUCCAAUCCUCAGACGAGGAUUUUACCUUUGGCUUUCACUCCGAGGUUCACUUAUUUCCGACAAACACAGCAUGAACAUUCCAUUCAAGGCGACGAGUCGCGUCUAAGUCCCUUCGGAGACGAGGACAGCCAUUUCUGUGUCAUGUCUGGACGUAAUGAUCCUCGCAGAGUUCAAAUGAAGCUAAUUGAGGAUCGAUUGUCAGACAUCAACGACAAGAUCAAGCAGCACGAUCACCUCUUAGGCGAGCAAGAGCUCCGCGUCAUUCGAGAUGGCGAUCACGAUGCUAGCCUGAAAGAGGCUCACGAGUCGCUCAAUCAGCAGAAAGCUGAGCUCGAAAGUAAACAAAAGUUCCUCGAGCAUGGCCUGAAGCGUUUGAGUAGGCAUGCGCAUCCAGGUGAAAGGAGUGACGCUGAUACCGACUCUUCACAUCGAGCCUCUCAAGGUAGCGUUGCAGACUCGUCGCCUAACGUACAAGAUGGCACCCAUAUCGAUAUCGACGGUUUGUUCUCAGCCUCUCACGAUGAAUUCGCGAGCGAUUUUAACAACCGAUUCAUCAUUCACAACAUUCAGCUGAAAUGGAACAACUCCUUGCGCAACACUAUCCUUCGUUACAGCCACCAGGUCAGCCAGCGAAGAGGUUUUGUGUACUACAUGUCCAGAAGGGCUGUGAAAUUCAUCCUUGAUAUCGUUGAAGAGCAAUCCAAAUCUAAACAAGAGAAACGCAGACGCAGCGGAUAUAGCAUGCCCAGCCAACCAGUUGUUGUCUCUCCGACAGAAGAAAAAGACGAGGAGGAUGUCAUACAAGAUCGCAUAGCUCAGCUGCUCAAAGUUGGCAAGAAAUUUGUCAACGCUAACGACGAUGACAUCCAGGAUGUGGACAACGUCCCGGAUACUGGUGCCGCAACGCCUGAGGUCAAUGAAGGAAUCGCGGAACAUUUCCAACCCAUGAACAGCUAUCAUCUCCGGAUGAUCGCGCCACAGAUACAGCUACAAAGCGAGAAGAACACGAAAUCUGUGGUUUUGGUAUCGGCGAAGGGAAUGCAAUUGAAGAUUGUGGCAAUCAUGGACAAAGCACGCAUGUCCGACGAUGUGAGUGGUUUGGUGCAGCGACGAUUCGCAUUGGACAUGGAUGGCGCCCAAUUCUUCGUCACAAACCAGAAGCGUCUCGCGAAGUAUCUGCAUCUAUACAGUGGAAAUCGAUAUGGCAGCCCGCCAGGAUCAGAUUGGCCACCAUGGGUAUCGCUUGAAGCGAUGUUUGACUUCCAUCUAGACCCCUUUGGCUUUCAGAGAGUCAUUCAAAAGACUUCGGCCCGUCUUCAAUACGACAAAUACAACCCUCUGCGACUGAAAUACAAUGAAGAGGUUGGUGGCAGCAAAACGGACCAUGUUAACAGGUCGCUGGGCACCGAGAGCAGAAUGGAUCAGCUGUGGGUCGACUUUCCUCGCAUUCGAGCAAGCUGUGAUUCCCAUCAGUAUUACACCAUGUACAUCAUCGUUCUCGAUCUCUUGCUCUACAGUGAGCCGCUCGAAAAGACUCGCAGUGAGCGCUUGGAGAAGAUUAUGCUCGCAUCAGAUUUCAGUGACCUUCGGGGCACCCCGGAGAUGGCUGAGCGCCUGCAAGACCGCAUACGACAACUCGAAGAGCUCAAAUUACAUUUCCAAGUCAAUGCUAAGUAUCUGGAUAAACAAGGCUGGGAGGAUCGCAUCAACCUCGAGAAGGAUCUGGCGUCAUGUGAAGAUGAGCUGUUCUUCAUCAUGAAGGCCAUAAACACAUCGCAGCAACGGAACGAGGAUCGCAAAGACACUGAUUCAAAUGCUUUCCUCAGGUGGUAUCUCAGCGCCUCAGAGAUCGUGUGGCAUCUUAUGCGCGACAAGAAUGAACCAUUGCUUGAAUUCCAGCUCGGCCGUGCCGUUUACGAGCGGAUUGAUAACAGUGAUGGCUCAAAUCACAAUGCCAUGGAGAUUCAGCAGCUUCGCGGUUGGAAUUUGCUUCCGACAGCCCUCUACCCGGAGAUCAUCGGCCCUUAUCACGAUGACGCGCACAAACGCGGUAGUGUCUUUGAACAAGAGAAGAUGUUGCAGGUGCACUGGUAUAUGCUUGAGGCCAUUGCGGGCAUACCUGUCUUGGAAGAAUUCCAGGUCACAAUGCAUCCGAUUAAGGUACAACUGGAGCGAGAACUUGGUAAGCGUCUGUUUGAGUACAUAUUUCCGGGUAUUGGAUCAAACGCCUUCGAGAGCGGCAACUUCUCUCCCCUUAACGUCAAGAACAUGGGACCGCUUGAAGAUGGAGAAGAUUCGGAAGGCGAGCAAGCUCGCCGUACUCUAAUGCCCGAAUACAACCUUCGACCCACUGAUACUGAAUUGCAUCGAACGAACUCACCAGGAGCAAUGGGCAGGCGCUUGCAGCCGACUUAUAACCUGCAACGGUCUGAGAGGCGACUCAACACGCAAAAGAAGGACAAGGAGAAAAACCACGGUCUUGGCUUAGCCACUGAACAUGCACAUCGCCUCUUCAAAAGACUCGACUCCACAGGCUCGCAUCCAACGAUCUCACAGACACCUCCGACCCCGAUACGGAAGACAUCGGGUUCAUCACUGCGAUCAGCAUUCAGCCAGAACAGAGUGGGCUCUUCUGCGUCCCUCUCCAAUCUUGCCAAACCCGAGAAUUCUUCUCGCUGGCAUCUUCAUCGUAGUGGGAGCGGCGACCGCCGCCCGAGCACAAGCAAAUCCACCAAAUCAACACCAAAGCCGACCGACGAUGUCUCACAAAUGCUGUCUCGUGCAUCGAACUACAUGACUUUGGCACACGUUAAGCUUGAUUCGUUCGUUGUCUGCCUGUCAUAUAAGGGCAAGGGUGAGAGGAAUCUGGAAGAUUUGCACGACUUUGUCUUCCGCAUGCCCACACUUGAGUAUACAAACAAGACGUGGUCGAAUCUCGAUCUCGCGCUGCGGCUGAAGAAAGAUGUCAUUCGUGCACUGAUAUCGCACACGGGUGCCAUCAUCGGGAACAAGUUUUCCCAUCACAGACCCAACAAGAAGACUCAGGAGCGGCUUCGAGAAAUGGCUAAUCACAGCACGCUAAUACCCAACUCGGACAAUUUACGGAAUGUCGACACGAACAAUUCUGGGACUUCCGAAUCCGCCAGCAUCUACUCCUUUGGAGAGACAGAGGACUCGCCGCGCAUGUCAUUCCAGACCGAUUCACCUGCGGGAACAAACGGUACCAGCACGCCCAACGGUGGAAAUCAUCAUCACCAUCACCACCAUGGCCCUCCGCUCCCACUCGGACCGCCUUCAAGCAGUCUCCUCAGAUCAGGUAGCUGGUCUCACAGCAAUUUACCAUCUGGCACGUCCACGCCACUGAACGGGAACCAUGCGUCCGGAACCGCGUCGCCCCUCCCGUCCUCUAUGAGGAAGGCCUCUGCGGCAUCUGGACGUGAUCGUGAAGACUCUUCUGGUACAAUACGACCUCACACCGCAAUUGGUAGCAGCAACAACCGUUCACCUAGUGUUGCAGCAUCAAUGGGCAAAUCUCUGCUCAAGGAUACACUGGGUCGACAUCUCAGCAAUGCCGGAGAAACAGUGAAGGGCCGAGUGAGAUUUGGCAACCUGGGUCACAGCCUUUCCAUUCCUGGUGCCGCAGAUGGUGAUGGUGUUAGAUCCAGGAGAGGGAGCGAGAGUAUUGCACCGGAGGACAACGGUGAUCGAGAAGGCGAGACCGAGACGGGAGGGACAAAAAAGAAGAGUGUGCUGUUGCUUGGUAGGAAGGUCUUGAGUCGGCUGAAUUAG